AUGGUUCUGAACAUUCCAGGUGUGGUUGCCAUGGCAGUGUUCUAUCUGUUGGUCCUGGGGACAGGUUUGUGGGCGGCUCGGAAGUCCAGGGCUAUGGAGAAGAAAAGCACGGGAGACAAGACAGAGAUAACCUUACUGGGAGACAGGAAUAUCGGCCUGCUUGUGGGAAUAUUCACCAUGACUGCUACGUGGGUUGGAGGAGGCUUUAUCGUAGGGAUAGCGGAGGUGGUCUAUAACCCUAACCUGGGUCUGGUCUGGGCUUUCAUGCCCCUACAGAGCUCCGUCUCCUUCAUCAUCGGUGGUAUAUUCUUUGCCAAGCCGAUGAGGGAGAAGAAGUAUGUUACUAUGAUGGACCCCUUCCAGAUAAAGUAUGGGAGAGUAGUGAGUGGAGCUCUGGUGCUCCCUGCCCUUGUAAUGGAUGCACUGUGGGUCGCCUGCACACUCGUCGGACUAGGUGGCACCAUGAGUGUUAUUCUGGACCUGCCCUACUCCUACUCUGUGGGGAUUUCUGCAGUGGUGGCCAUCAUCUACACUCUACUGGGAGGACUCUACUCUGUAGCCUACACCGACGUCAUCCAGCUCAUCCUCAUCUUCUUCAGUCUGUGGCUGUGUGUUCCGUUCCUCAUGGUCAACCCAGUGGUGGGUGACAUCACCCAGACAGCCUUCAACCACACCUACCAGGCCCCCUGGCUGGGGGUCAUGGAGAAGGGGAAGGUCUUCAAGUGGGUUGAUGACUUCUUAUUGGUGGCGUUGGGUAGCUUGUCUUUCCAAUGUUUCCACCAGAGGACGCUUUCUGCCUCCUCCUCGUUUAACGCCCAGGUCACCUGCUUCGCGGCUGCCGCCAUGGUCCUCAUCCUGGGGAUCCCCUCUGUUCUGGUCGGGGCUGUGGCCGCUUCCACAGACUGGAACCUGACAUCGUACGGGUCUCCGUCUCCGUAUGAGCGCAACGAGACAGGAUUGGUGCUCCCCAUCGCCCUGCAGCACCUGGCUCCGCCCUACGUGUCCGUCAUCGGCAUCGGGGCUAUCGCCGCCGCAGUGAUGUCAUCAGUGGACUCUGGCCUCCUAAGCUCCGCCUCCAUGUUCUCCUCCAACAUCUACAAGAACAUCAUUCGGAAGCAGGCCUCAGACAGGGAGAUACAGUGGGUGAUCCGUGUGUCGGUGGUGGUGGUGGGGCUGUGUGGGAUGGCCCUCACUUUCCUCCACAACAGUACCUUUGCCCUGUGGAUCCUGGCGUCUGAUCUCUCCUACACCAUCAUCUUCCCUCAGCUCAUCUGCGUCCUCUUCUUCCAGGUCUCCAACGGCUAUGGAGCCGUGGCUGGAUACCUCAUAGGGGGCCUGAUGAGACUCCUCUGUGGGGAGCCCAUCUUCAACCUCCCCCCUGUCCUCCACUUCCCUGGAUGCACCCUGGAGGACGGCGUCUAUGUCCAGCGCUCCCCCAUCAGGACCAUAUGUAUGCUUCUGGCCCUGGCGGCCAUCUUGGGUUUCUCCUGGCUGGCUCAGCUGAUGUUCAAUAAGGUCUGGCUGCCCGAGAGGUGGGAUGUGUUCCAGGAGGAGACCACCUUCCUGAACGACCAGGCCAAGCACCACGCCUCCAUCAGGCUCCUCAGCUGUAGUGGCGGGGGAAGGAUCCCUCAGGAUCCCGCUGAACAAGGCAAUCAGGCCUUCACACCCGCCACAGGCUUUCUGCUCUACCCCUCAUCCAGCAGAGCGGUACUGGAGGAAGGUGCCACCGUGCUCUCUAACCAAGGUGCCACCGUGCUCUCUAACCAAGGUGCCACCGUGCUCUCUAACCAAGGUGCCACCGUGCUCUCUAACCAAGGUGUCACCACCGUGCUCUCUAACCAAGGUGCCACGGUGCUCUCUAACCAAGGUGCCACCGUGCUCUCUAACCAAGGUGCCACCGUGCUCUCUAACCAAGGUGCCACCGUGCUCUCUAACCAAGGUGUCACCACCGUGCUCUCUAACCAAGGUGCCACGGUGCUCUCUAACCAAGGUGCCACGGUGCUCUCCAACCAAGGUGCCACCGUGCUCUCUAACCAAGGUGCCACCGUGCUCUCUAACCAAGGUGCCACCGUGCUCUCUAACCAAGGUGCAUUAAGGGGCGAAUCCUAG